GCUUUCUACAAGGGAUUUAUCAAAGAUGUUCAUGAAGAUUCCCUAACAGUCGUUUUGGAAAAUAAUUGGCAGCCAGAACGCCAGGUUCCAUUUUAUGAAGUUCGAUUACCACCACCACCUGAUAUCAAAAAAGAAAUUAGUGAAGGAGAUGAAGUCGAGGUUUAUUCAAGAGCAAACGACCAAGAACCAUGUGGAUGGUGGUUAGCUAAAGAUCGGAUGAUGAAAGGAGAAUUUUAUGUCAUUGAAUAUGCUGCUUGUGAUGCCACUUACAAUGAAAUAGUCACGUUUGAACGACUUCGGCCUGUCAAUCAAAAUAAAACUGUCAAAAAAAAUGCUUUCUUUAAAUGCACAGUGGAUGUUCCAAAAGAUUUGAGAGAGGCGUGUGCUAAUGAAAAUGCACAUAAAGACUUUAAGAAAGCAGUAGGAGCAUGCAGAAUUUUUUACCACCCAGAAACCACACAGCUCAUGAUCCUGCCGGCCAGUGAAGCAACUGUGAAGAGAGUUAAUAUAUUAAGUGACAUGCAUUUGAGGAGUAUUCGUACCAAAUUGAUGCUUAUGUCCAGAAAUGAAGAGGCCACUAAACAUUUAGAAUGCACAAAACAACUUGCAGCAGCUUUUCAAGAAGAGUUUGUAGUGAGAGAAGAUUUAAUGGGUCUGGCAAUAGGAACACAUGGUAGUAACAUACAGCAAGCUAGGAAGGUUCCUGGUGUUACUGCCAUUGAGCUAGAUGAAGAUACUGGAACAUUUAGAAUCUACGGCGAGAGUGCUGAUGCUGUAAAAAAGGCCAGAGGCUUCUUAGAAUUUGUGGAAGAUUUUAUUCAAGUUCCAAGGAAUCUUGUUGGAAAAGUAAUUGGAAAAAAUGGCAAAGUUAUUCAAGAAAUAGUGGACAAAUCUGGUGUGGUUCAGGUAAGGAUUGAAGGAGACAAUGAAAAUAAACUACCUAGAGAAGAUGGCAUGGUUCCAUUUGUAUUUGUUGGCACUAAAGAAAGUAUUGGACAUGUGCAAGUUCUUUUAGAGUAUCAUAUUGCUUACUUAAAGGAAGUGGAACAGCUAAGAAUGGAACAUUUGCAGAUUGAUGAACAACUACGACAGAUUGGUUCUAGGUCUGAUAGUGGAAGAGGCAGAGGUCGUCGGGGCCCUAAUUACACCUCCGGUUAUGGUACAAAUUCUGAGCUGUCUAACCCCUCUGAAACAGAAUCUGAGCGUAAAGAUGAGCUGAGCGAUUGGUCAUUGGCAGGAGAAGAUGAUCGAGAGAGUCGACAUCAGCGUGACAGCCGGAGAUGCCCAGGUGGAAGAGGCACAAGUGUUUCAGGGGGUCGAGGUCGUGGUGGACCACAUGGUGGCAAAUCCUCCAUCAGUUCUGUGCUUAAAGAUCCAGGCAGCAAUCCAUACAGCUUACUUGAUUAUACAGAAUCAGAUCAGACUGCAGACACUGAUGCCAGUGAAUCUCAUCACAGUACUAACUGUCGUAGGCGGUCUCGUAGACGAAGGACGGAUGAAGAUGCUGUUGUCAUGGAUGGGAUGACGGAAUCUGAUACAGCCUCAGUUAAUGAAAAUGGGCUAGUCACAGUUGCAGAUUAUAUUUCUAGAGCUGAGUCUCAGAGCAGACAAAGAAACCUUCCAAGGGAAACUUUGGCUAAAAACAAGAAAGAAAUGGCAAAAGAUGUGAUUGAAGAACAUGGUCCUUCAGAAAAGGCAAUAAAUGGUCCAACUAGUGCUUCUGGCGAUGCAAUUCCUAAGCUACAGCGUACUCCAGGUGAAGAAAAGAUUAAUAAUACCUUAAAAGAAGAAAACACUCAAGAAGCAGCAGUCCUGGAUGGUGUUUCAUAAACUGAAGAAGUUCCUAGUUUACAGUUCUUUUCCAUUACAUUUACAAUAGUGCUUGUACAAGCUUGCCAAAGAUAGAAUAUGGAUCGCCAGUCUUUACAUCGCACUUUCAGUUCCUCCAUUUGGAAUUCAGAAAGGGGAGGGAUCCUGAAGAAAUCAUAUGUUAAACAUACUUUGACACCUACUGUGUUAAAAAUAUCAUCAGAUGUGCCUUGAGAAUAGUAUAUGUAACAUUAAAAAAAGUUGCUG